AUGAAGUUCUCUUUUCUAUGCUCAAAGUGCUUCUUUUCUUCCUCGGCAAUCCACUUUGACAAAACCAGAGAAGAAAGUAUUUGUCGAAGUAUUGAUGCAUUCUCUUACAAUGAACUGAAAGUGGCGACCAAUGGCUUCCGCUCUUCCAAUAAAAUCGGCGAAGGAGGAUUUGGCAGUGUUUACAAGGGUGUGCUUCAAGAUGGAACAGCUGUUGCUGUGAAAGUGCUUUCAGUAGAAUCAAAACAAGGGGAUAAUGAGUUCAUGUCUGAGAUGGCUUCAAUGUCCAAUAUCACCCAUGAAAAUCUUGUUAAGCUGCAUGGUGGUUGCAUCAAUCGUGCUUGCAGAAUGCUUGUUUAUGACUACAUGGAAAACAACAGCCUUGCUCAAACUUUGCUCGGUGGGGAGGAAAAAAGAGUUCAAUUUAGCUGGGAAACACGGCACAAAAUUUCCUUAGGCAUUGCUCGAGGGCUUGCCUACAUUCAUGAGGAUAUUAAGCCUCAUGUUGUGCACCGGGAUAUCAAGGCCAGCAAUAUACUACUUGAUCAGAAUUUUUCUGCCAAAAUUUCAGAUUUUGGCCUCUCUAAGUUUUUUCCUGAUAAUAUCACUCACAUUAGUACUCGAGUUGCCGGGACAUUAGGAUAUCUUGCUCCAGAGUAUGCUAUCAGUGGGCAUUUAACGCGAAAAUCAGAUGUAUAUAGUUUUGGAGUGCUACUUCUAGAGAUUGUCACCGGACGAUCAGCAAUUGAUUUUGAUGUAGAACUUGGAGAGCAUUAUCUUGUCGAGAAGGCAUGGGACAUGUACAAGUCCAACAAGCUUGAGCAGCUGGUGGACCCUAUGCUGAAGGGUGACUUCUCCGCCGUGGAAGCCGUCCGAUUCCUCAAGGUGGGGCUGCUAUGUGUGCAAGAGAUCACCGGACUCCGACCCAAAAUGUCCGCAGCCCUUAAGAUCAUGCGUGACGAGAUCAACAUCAACGGCCUGCAAAUAUCGCAGCCAGGACUAAUCACCAAUAUGAUGGACGUUAAAAUAGGUAGCAGAUGCACCUCAGAAAGCAUCACAACCACCGCCAGCAGCCGCAGCCCACCCAGCUUCACCGCCGCCCGUAGCCCGCAAUUGUACCAUUCAAAAAACUACAACCAAAAACUAGCAAGAUAG